GUUGGACCUGGAGAAAGGCCUGGAGAUGAGGAAGUGGGUUCUGUCUGGCAUCCUGGCCAGCGAGGAGACCUACCUCAGCCACCUGGAGGCACUGCUACUGCCUAUGAAGCCUCUGAAGGCAGCAGCCACCACGUCCCAGCCCGUGCUGACCAUCCCCCAGAUCGAGACCAUCUUCUUCAAAGUACCUGAGCUCUACGAGGUCCACAAGGAGUUCUACGACGGCCUGCUCCCCCGGGUGCAGCAGUGGAGCCACCACCAGCGUGUGGGGGACCUCUUCCAGAAACAGGCCAGCCAGCUGGGAGUGUACCGGGCCUUUGUGGACAACUACGAGGUUGCCGUGGAGACGGCGGAGAAGUGCUGCCAGGCAAACACGCAGUUCGCUGAAAUCUCUGAGAACCUCAAGGUGAGGAGCACCAAGGACGUGAAGGACCAGUCAGUCAAGAACUCCCUGGAGACUCUCCUGUACAAGCCAGUGGACCGAGUGACCCGAAGCACCCUGGUUCUGCACGACCUGCUGAAGCACACGCCCUGCAGCCACCCAGACCACCCCCUGCUCCAGGACGCGCUCCGCAUCUCCCAGAACUUUUUGUCCAGCAUCAACGAGGAGACCACGCCCAGACGCCAGUCCAUGACCGUCAAGAAGGGAGAGAACCGCCAGCUGCUGAAGGACAGCUUCAUGGUGGAGCUGGUGGAGGGAGCCAGGAAGCUCCGGCAUGUUUUCCUCUUCACCGACCUGCUGCUCUGCGCCAAGCUCAAGAAACAGAUCGGAGGGAAGAGUCAGCAGUAUGAUUCCAAGUGGUACAUCCCUCUGUCAGACCUGACCUUCCAGAACGCAGAUGAGUCAGAGCCUCUGCACAUCCCCCAGGUGCCUGACGAGGAGCUGGACGCAAUGAAGGUCAAGAUCUCUCACAUCAAGAGUGAGAUCCAGAGAGAGAAGAGAGCCAACAAAGGGUCAAAGGUGAUUGAACGGUUGAGGAAGAAGCUGUCGGAGCAGGAGUCUCUUCUGCUGCUCACCUCCCCCGGUAUGGCCCUCCGAGUACACAACAGGAACGGCAAGGGUUACACGUUCCUGAUGUCAUCCGACUACGAGCGGGCCGAGUGGAAGGAGACGAUCCGGGAACAGCAGAAGAGAUGCUUCAAGAGCUUCUCCCUGACCUCCAUGGAGCUACAGAUGUUGACCAACUCCUGUGUGAAGUUGCAGACUGUCCACCACAUCCCGCUCACCAUCAACAAAGAAGAAGAUGAAUCGCCUGGCCUCCAUGGAUUCCUGAAUGUAAUCGUCCACUCUGCCUCGGGCCUCAAACAGAGCCUGAAUCUGUACUGCACGUUAGAGGUGGACUCCUUUGGCUACUUUGCGAACAAAGCCAAGACGCGGGUGUAUCGGUACACCACAGAGCCCAAAUGGAACGAGGAGUUUGAGAUAGACCUGGAGGGCUCUCAGACCCUGAGGCUGUUGUGUUAUGAGAAGAGCUACAACAAGACCAAGCAGAUCAAAGAGGACGGAGACAGCACCGACCGCAUCAUCGGCAAAGGACAGAUCCCGCUGGAUCCGCAGACGCUCCAAGGCAAAGACUGGCAGAGGACGCUUAUCCCCAUGAACGGGAUCGAGGUGAAGCUCUCUAUGAAGUUCACCAGCCGGGAGUUCAGUCUGAAGAGGAUGCCGUCACGGAAACCCAUGGGCGUGUUCGGAAUCAAGAUCUCCACGGUGACCAAACGGGAGCACUCCAAGGUGCCCUACAUCGUCAGACAGUGUCUGGAGGAGAUUGAGCGGAGGGGGAUGGAGGAAGUGGGCAUCUACCGAGUCUCAGGGGUGGCUACAGACAUCCAGGCCCUGAAGGCUGCCUUUGACACCAACAACAAAGACGUGUCUGUGAUGAUGAGUGAGAUGGAUGUGAACGCCAUCGCCGGGACUCUGAAGCUGUACUUCAGAGAGCUGCCAGAACCCCUCUUCACCGAUGACCUGUACCCCAACUUCGCAGGAGGCAUUGCCCUGUCUGACAGCGUUGCCAAAGAGAGCUGCAUGCUGAAUCUACUGUUGUCGCUGCCAGAGCCCAACCUGGUCACGUUCCUUUUCCUGCUGGAUCACAUGAAGAGGGUGGCUGACAAGGAGAGCAUCAACAAGAUGUCCCUCCACAACCUGGCCACGGUGUUUGGCCCCACCCUGCUGCGUCCUGCAGAGAAGGACAGCAUGAUCCCCACCAACCCCACGCAGCCUAUCAGCAUGGGAGACAGCUGGUCCCUGGAGGUCAUGUCACAGGUCCAGGUGUUGCUGUACUUCCUCCAGCUGGAGACCAUCCCCACGCCGGACAGUAAGCGUCAGAGCAUCCUCUUCUCCACCGAAGUGUAGAGGGUUCCACAGGGAGAACCCGAGUCUACAGUACAGUAUAGAGUGAGUGAGAAUGGCCCUAGCUGGACUGGACUGCAGCAGGAGAUUUCUUCGCCGUUGAUUCUGGACACAUCCUGCAGAGGGCGCCACCACCCCCUCCGAGAACAAGAGGUUGACACCAGUACCCCACAUCUGAUGAUGAUAAUGCAUUAUUACAUCACACCCAAUAGCCAGUGUGACUCUCUGUGCCUCUCUGACGCAACAUAUUCUUCUCUCCUCCUCGCUCUGUCUUUUCGCUCUCAUGUCAAAGCUCCACAGCUUGUGUACGGUGUCUGGAAUGAAUGCCACUACUGGACAUGCCCGCUGUAACCACAAAGGAAACACUUCAAUUUGAUACCGAUACGCAUGUAGGGGAAAAGAGUGUCCCAGGUUAGUUUAGAGGUUUUUUGGGUAUCGGCUCCUGCUUGGUAAGCAGAGAAACAGCUAUUGUGUAACUUAUGACAGAUUCUGUGAUUUCUCAUCACACUUUUGGGCUUCUCCACUUUAAGUUAUUGUUGCGGAAGGUCAUUCUCACUUCUUCUCGAUUUAGUUUGAAGACUUAUACAGGCAGAGCAGAAAUCCAAUGCUUUUGUUGUUUUCGUUUUGUACUGUAUGCCUCUUCAGAAAUAGCCAGAUUGUGAUGGACAUCACAUACACAGUAUAUUUGUUUUUGGACAAUUAUGAAGGCAAGAGCCUGCGCUGCGUUUUGUUUAGCCAUCUCAAAUGUUUGAUUCAUUUCUUAAUCCACCGCUGGAGAGAUUCAAUCCGUAUAUUUUACACGUGAUACACUGGGACCACAAUGCUAAGGUUACGUUGAAAAGGAACCAUCUGGGUCCUCUGAAGAGGUUCUGAUAGGUUACGUUGAAAAGGAACCAUCUGGGUCCUCUGAAGAGGUUCUGAUAGGAACAUCCAGGAUCACCACACAGUUGUCCUAGGAAUCCAGACACACACACACACACACACACGAAAAGGAACCAUCUGGGUCCUCUGAAGAGGUUCUGAUAGGUUACGUUGAAAAGGAACCAUCUGGGUCCUCUGAAGAGGUUCUGAGAGGAACAUCCAGAACUGCCAGGAUCACCACAAAGUUGUCCCAGGAAUCCAGAACACACACACACACACACACACACACACACACACACACACACUCACACACACACACACACACACACACACACACACACACACACACAGUGUAUACAAGGUAAACAAGCCUUGGACAAACACAGAGAGAAAGAAAAGGAACAGUUGACAGAAACGGGUGAUCUUUCUAUAGAUUAUAAAAGGACAGUUUGGACCAUAAAGCAAUUCUAUCUAGUUGUGUUGUUUGUGUCUCAAGUAGUCCUUAUUUUAAAUAUCCGGGAAGCAAUAUAUUUUCUAACAUAGGAUUUUGUCUGCGUUCAUAUCUUUGGUCCGGAGAUGUCAUAGGAGAUCUAGCAAAAAUAAUCUGUUGUUUGGCUUUCUUUCUUUUUUUAACACAAUUGUAUUUACAGAUAAAUUAUUUACAUAAUCGUAAAGCUGUCAUUUUUGUAUGUUACUUAUUUUAACAGUGUAAUAAUCAUAAUAAUAAGCAUAAUUUAUUUUGGGGGUGGGGGCCAGAUACAACAUCUCUUUGUUCCGAUUUGAUGAAGAAAGUGGUAUAGGUUUCAGCCUUGAGUCCUGGGGUGAUGGAAGAUCAUAUCCCGCCUAUGUAACCAGGAUGUAGCCUUGUUGUGGGAAAAACUGCAGUUUUGUCCAGCCUUUUGUUAGCCAUUUAUCCAUCAUGAAGGUAACACUCCCUCUAUGAUUUUGAAUGCUGCUGUGGAAAUGUCACAGUUUAACCUUCCCGAUGAUUGUCCUAGUCCACCACCACCGGCCCUGAAAUCUGGCUGUGUUACUGAAGUAGUAAACAAAACGAUACAUUUAGUAGUAUACAGUACACACAAUAACGUGUUUCCUCUUGUCAACUGUCUCAGUGGUCUUGUAAAAGUAAUUAUCAUGUAAAUGAAGGUAAUUUGCCUAUUUUCAAAAGGGUUGUUUUGAUUUGCGGGCCCUCUACAUUUUUGUCUAAAGUGAACCAUUCUAUUGCUUUUAUGAAAGAAUACUUGUUUAUCCUAUUCUCACCAAUAUUUUGGUGGGUGUUUGGACAGCUGUCUUAAACCGUCCCCUACACCCCUCCCCCAUUGUCUGCCUGAUAGUAACCCACAAAAGGGACCUGGAAAAGAAAAUGCUCUUCAGAAGAAAAAAAGAGAGAAGAUUAUAUUAGUAGGGUUUUAAUUUCAGUACCUUGAUUUAACAUGCAGAUUAUAUUAGUAGGGUUUUAAUUUCAGUACCUUGA